AUGACAGUGGCUGUGCGAUUCCGUCGCCACUUACGGAGGCUCCUGCUCCUGCUGGCCUCCUGCUGUCUCCUCUCCCUCCUCCUCUCUGCUUACUUCCUGUUUACGAACUCCUCACCCUCCAUGCAACUUGGACAAUCACCUGAGCCUGCCUGCUCCCAGCCGCUCUCCAUGUCCCCAUACCGUCAACUCCCAUACCCGUACCCCCCUAACCCACCUCACACACAUGUCCACACUGACCCCAUAGUGCUAGUGCUUGUGGAGUCCCAGUAUUCCCAGCUAGGUCAGGACAUUGUGGCUAUAUUGGAGUCAGCACACUUCCAGUUCCGCAUGGAGAUUGCCUCAGGGAAGGGCGACCUUCCGCCACUGACAGAAAAGGGCCGGGGACGAUAUUCACUCAUCAUUUAUGAGAAUCUGCUAAAGUAUGUACAUGCAGACACGUGGAACAGACAGCUGUUGCAUCAAUAUUGUACUGAGUACAGAGUGGGUAUCAUAGGUUUUUACCGCUCCACCGAGAACUCCCCACCUCUCCUCAAACUCCGAGGCCUCCCGCUGGUGCUUAGAACUAACCAGGUGCUGUGGGACUGCUGUGUGGUAUCUAGCUCUCCUCUCCUCCAACUAACCAAGCCUGGCACGGAUCGAGGGGCUUUACCUGGGGAAGACUGGACCUCCUUCUCCUCCAAUCACUCCACGUAUCAGGCUGUGCUGCAUGCGCGGGCCAAGGAGGGAUCAGGGGCAGGUAGUGGUGAUAAUCCAGGGCCUGGCUUCAGUCUAGGCCUGCAAGCCACUGUUGUACAGGACAUGGGACUCUAUGAUGGGGUGAGAAGGGUGCUUUUUGGCCAGGGACUGGGCUACUGGCUCCACAGACUCAUCCUGGUGGACGCCAUCUCCUACCUCACAGACAGGAAGCUUACUUUGGGCUUGGACCGGCACAUUCUGGUGGAUAUAGAUGACAUUUUCGUGGGGAAGGAAGGGACGCGAAUGAACGCCAAGGAUGUGAAGGCUCUCCUUGAUACUCAAAAGCAGUUGCGCUCUCAGAUCUCCAACUUUACCUUCAACCUGGGCUUCUCUGGAAAGUUCUACCACACAGGCACAGUGGAGGAAGACAAGGGAGACGAUUUACUGUUGAAGUAUGUGGAUGAGUUCUGGUGGUUCCCCCACAUGUGGAGUCACAUGCAGCCUCACCUAUUCCACAACGAGUCCUCACUGCUGGAGCAGAUGGUCCUCAACAAGGAGUUCGCUCUGGAACACAACAUUCCAGUUGACAUGGGUUACGCUGUGGCCCCUCAUCACUCAGGGGUCUACCCAGUACACCUGCAGCUUUAUGAGGCUUGGAGACGUGUGUGGAACAUCCGGGUCACCAGCACAGAAGAGUACCCCCAUCUCAAACCCGCUCGCUACCGCAAGGGCUUCAUCCACAGCAACAUCAUGGUGCUGCCUCGUCAGACGUGUGGCUUGUUUACUCACACUAUCUACUAUAAAGAAUACCCUGGUGGACCUAAAGAACUGGACAAAAGCAUCCGUGGAGGAGAGCUGUUUCUCACUGUGCUACUCAACCCAAUCAGUAUAUUCAUGACCCACCUGUCUAACUAUGGCAACGAUCGCCUGGGCCUUUAUACAUUUGUCCAUCUGGCCUCCUUUCUUCGCUCCUGGACAAACCUGAAACUCCAUACACUCCCACCUCUUCAGCUUGCGCACAAGUACUUCCAGCUAUUUCCCGAGCAAAAGAACCCACUCUGGCAGAACCCAUGUGAUGACAAACGGCAUAAAGACAUCUGGUCUAAGGAGAAAACCUGUGACAGAUUGCCCAAGUUCAUGGUUAUAGGACCACAGAAAACAGGAACGACAGCACUUUAUCUUUUCCUGCUCAUGCAUCCCUCCAUCUCCAGUAAUUUCCCCAGUCCAAAGACUUACGAGGAGGUCCAGUUCUUCAACACUAACAACUACCAUAAAGGAAUUGACUGGUACAUGGAGUUUUUCCCUGUACCCUCUAAUAUUAGCACGGACUUCCUCUUUGAGAAAAGCGCUAACUACUUCCCCGCAGAGGAUUCCCCGCGGCGCGCUGCUGCCCUGCUGCCCAAGGCCAAGAUCAUCACCCUGCUCAUCAACCCCUCUGACAGAGCCUACAGCUGGUAUCAGCAUCAAAGAGCUCACGAGGACCAUGCAGCCCUGCGGUUCACCUUCUAUGAUGUCAUCAGCGCAAGACCGGGAGCACCAGCUGAGCUGCGCUCCCUGCAGAGCCGCUGCCUCAUCCCUGGCCUCUACUCCACACACCUAGAGAGAUGGCUUACUUACUACCCUGCUAAUCAGGUGAUGAUCAUAGAUGGCCAUCAGCUGAGAAACAACCCUGCGGCAGUGAUGGAUGAAGUCCAGAGGUUUCUGGGAGUCACUCCUCAUUUUAACUACUCUCAGGCCCUUACGUUUGACCCUCAGAAGGGCUUUUGGUGCCAGCUCCUUGAGGGAGGAAAGACAAAGUGUUUGGGAAAGAGUAAAGGGAGGAAGUACCCUUCCAUGGAGCCAGAGGCACGUGCAUAUCUCUCCAGGUACUACAGGGAACACAAUGUGGAGCUGUCAAAGCUGCUGCAUCGCCUCGGACAGCCCCUUCCCUCCUGGCUAAGAGAGGAGCUGCAGAAGAUAACCUUUGCAUCCAUGAACCAGGGUUAA